AUGGCGACCCAUUCACUAGUACCGGACCCUCCCUCGGGCUCGGAAACCCAACGGCAACCAAGAAGCCUCAGGAGAUCAAUAACUCGUUUACCGGUGACGACUCGAUCACCCAAAGAGCAUGCUGUGACCGAACCAACACGACCUCUUCCCAAGAAUCCGAACUUUCGCCACGUGCUCAAAAGCGAAACAACUUCGAGUCGUACAGUCACAGACUCUCGCCUACCGUCCAAAAACGCUACGCCAAGUGUUGUACAGGCACGACCUCCAUCGGCCACCCCAUCGGUCCAGAGUAAUGCUAGCAAGGCACAAUCACUGGGGCGCCGGUCCUUACGUGCUCCUGCUUUGAGCACAAAGACACCGUCUUUAGUAUCAGGCUCGACUAUAUCAGCACCGGACAGUCCCCAUUCGGCACUACGGAGGAAGCCUUCGACGAUCAACCAAUAUGCUCUGCGUGUCAAGACUGAUCCUGAGAGCAUGCAAGAACAUCGGGACUUAGUCAAGACAGUGCACAGAGCUCAGUAUGACGAUGAUCUUUUUCCAGAAGCCAUUCUUGGCAUAGCUCUUCCUCCCACUUCUGGACUUGCAUCUCUGAAGACUGUCAGCCGUAUACCAAGCUCGGGACCAAGGACAACCAACUCAAGAACCAACGCAAAGGUCACACGCCCUGUGGUCGAUAUGCAGGCUCCAUUUUCCGAUGUCUCGAGCAGGAACUCCGACUCACCGUUCAGUCAUCGAUCUACACCAACUUCGGCCUCGUCGCACUCCUCGUUGGCCGCAUCCACUUUGGGUUCUACACGUCACAGAGAUAGCCUGGACUUGGCUCGUGCUGCUACGAAAGCACACGCGAAGAAAGACAAGUCUUCUAUCGCCAAUAUCAGCUCCUCGUUACAGCAAGAAACUGGGAAGCUUGCUGCUCCUAUUUCUAGGGACCAAAUCAAACACCAGCAAGAGCUGACCAGACAAGGAUUACUGUUCUCGAAUCCCUUCUCUACUAAGUCCACAUCUAUUCAGAGCCAGAGAGGAUCCACUGCUGCAAAGUCCACAGCUCGGCGCACGUCUCAAGGAGCACUUGUUGACGGUAUCCCGCCAGAAUUUGCGCACCUCAACGUCGAUCCACCACCAAAUCAGUCAACUAGUAGGUUUAUACCUCCCAGAAGACCCAGCAGGGACGGAAUCGACGGCCUAGGCCUCUCCUUAGAUAUACCUGUGGUGCAAAGUAAUCUUUCGCACAUCACCAGAGUACCGUCUCGAGGAUCGAUCGAAACAGGCGUAGAGUCGCCACCGCUGAGCCCAAGAAGGACAUUCGGAUUCGCUCAUCGAAGCUCUUCUCGUCAAAGCAACAAGUCUCAGACAUAUCCAGCGACACCUAGAACGCCUGUCGGACGCUCCGAAAUGGGCACACCUCUGAGUCGCAAAGAUUCGCCGAUGGUCGGACCGAGCCCGAAUACCAUUCGCUCUCCUAGGACAAAUAUACUCUCUAACCUUCACGCGAAACCGUCUACUCCUCCAAUAGCAUCGGAAAGACCUAAGAAAGGACCUUCAGCGGGUACUGGUCAUGAAGGUUAUGGCAAGUUCGGCUUCAGAGGAAGGGGGAGCAGUAUCUUUGGCCGGACUACUCGUUCAUCGAGCAAAGACAGCUCAACCAGUCACUCGGGAUUCUCGUUCCUGAGCAGAAAGAAGAGCAUGGCAGAUGACGGUGAGGAUAGCCUCGACCAAUUCCUGGAAGAAAGGAGAGAGCCUAUAAUUCUCCGUGGAAUCGGGAAUGGAACACAAUCGGGCGAGCAAGAGGCCACCGGAAGACCCAAGUCUGGUCACUCUGACGAGGCCAGGCAUCGCGCAGACUCAUCAGCUACGAAGACGGUCACGCCAACGGGCAGUGCCAGGAAGCCUUCACUUUCUGAGCUAGGAGGUGAAGGUAAAGAAGGUCAUUGGCUGAACUCACCCACAUCGAACAAGAGUCCGACAUUCAUGCAGCGAUUCAAGUCGAAAAUCACGAGCCAAAGCCCAAACAACGAACCUCGGAACCAGCAAAUACCUAACUCGCUACACUUUGGUUCCAUAGAUCAGGCUACCAACCUCGAUCUGACAGACAUAGAGAAGCUUCUCAAUGGCGACAAUCGUUCUUCCCAAAGUUCGAAGAGCUCCGACGUCGAUCUAAAGAACGUCAAUCCGCCUGUGUCUUAUGGCCGAAGACACGAAGGACUUCUGCCUAGUCCGCUAGAGACGCCUUCCCUGAAGAGAACAUCGCUAAGCUCACCCGUUCUUCUCCAAGCAAAAACUAUAACUCAAUUUCAAGCCCCUCAACUCGUGGAAAUAUCCAAAGCUUCAAGCAUAUCACAUCAAGAAGAUGUUCCCGAGGGCAGACUUCGAUCCGUGGGCAGAAUUCCUCAGGUUGUACGAGCAGGUCAAAUCUCACGAGCACAACCACAUCAAGAAAAUGUUGGCGUCUCCAAAGAUAUUCCAAACCAUGGUGUGGAAGCGAACCAAGUUGCCUCGAUUGCCGAUGAGACACGAGAGUUUAUUGCGUUCCCCCCACGAAAGGACUCAGAGCUUUCGUACACCAGCAGCUCUGGUUUCGGAAGCCCUUGCAUUACAAGGACAUCAUUUGUAGGCGAGGACGAGGUCUGGAACGAAUACGACAAUUUGCUGGAUGAGAUCUCGCCUUCUAGGGUGAGAGCAUCAGACACGUCCUCUUUUGGUGCACCCACACCGUUUCAGUAUGGGGACAUGAUCGAUCACAAACCUACAACUCACAACGAAGCGAGCACACCGAGAAGCACCUCGAACCCGGAAGCCAGUAGAAGGGCCUCCAAUUUCGACACAAGUCGUCCAAGCACGACCUUUUCGAUAUCUGACUAUCUCGUCGAUCAAGACGCCACUUCCGAAGCUCCUGUGUCCCCUCGCAAGAAUAGAAGCUCUUUGGUCACUCCUGCUCUUCCUGGUCCAAGGAUUCAAAGAAAGUCGGUUUCUCGCAAGCAGGAAAGACCGGUGGACAACUCUGCCUCCGCGGAGUUGAGAUUUGCAGCACUCAUGACAAGCAAGUGGCUGUCUUUCGGGCGACUUUUGUUCAGCCCUGCACAUGAGGAAGCCAUGACUGGCGAUCAUACUCGCAUCCUGAUUGUCGAUGGUCUCGGGAAGGAGUGGUCCUACAACUGCGCUUUGACCUACCCAAAGUGUCAGUUUUACAACCUUGGUCCUGAACCAAAUUCAUCAUCUUGGGAGACACUAUCGAACUACCAUCAUGUCACGCACCCAUCGAUUUCCACACCGUUCCCAUUCCCCAACAACUACUUUUCGGCGGUGGUCUUCCGCUUUCCCGUCGCCAAUGCGGAUGAUGCUUACCAGGUAUGCUUCAACGAAAUCAAACGCACGAUGCGUCCAUCCGGAUACCUCGAGAUAUCUGUGCUAGAUCUAGAUCUCGUGAACAUGGGCCCAACUGCUCGAAAAGCAAUCCGCGACCUGAAGAUUCGCAUGCACCAACAAGAUAGCCAGAUCAGUCUCUGGAACCAUGGGGACGCUUUCCUCACCCUGCUGGGCAAGCGUGAAUUCGAAAACUUACGCAAGUGCGUCGUCGGCAUUCCCGUAGCUGGACGCAUACGAAGAAGUCACGAUAGCAGCAGUUCGAGCUCUGGUAGCCAGCGGAGAAGAACCUCAGAACAACCAGAACCCGAAUACCUUCGGUUCACAGAGUGGAUGCGGAGCAGCGGCAACAAGAACAAUGAAGAAGAUGAACGACAUGAAAGACGCAAUGAUGAAGAUAUCACGAAGACUGUGGCAAAGAUUGGACGUUGGUGGUACUCGUCCUGCUAUCCUGACCCUGGCCAGUCAACCACAACCGCAUUGUGGGAUACACCUGGUUUGUUGCGAGAGUGCGAGCGCCAGAGAACGAGCUUCAGAUUGCUGUUCUGCUAUGCGCAGAAACCAGUCUGUGUCAAGAGGCGCACAGCGAGUGUUUGA